AUGUGGAUGAAGAAGGAGCUGUUGUCUACGUGCAAGGACCCGAUCGCCACCACCACCUUGUAUUUCGCCGUACCGGUGAACAACAAGAAGGCAGCAACUAUGUUGCCAGCUGCACGUAAGAUCAAGGAGCAUUGGCCGACGGCUGUGCAGUAUGCUGCCGCGCAGCAACUGCGCGGCCAGCUGGGUGUUCUAUUUCCUAUGCGUGUGGCCUAUGGGACCAAGGUCUAUGUGCUACAAGAUUCUCCUGCUUUGGACGAGGUUGCACCUCCAGUGGUUGUCUCCUUUACCACCACCUCCGUGCUGUAUGAUGCGCCCCAAACUCUGAAUGGUCUUGAGGAUGCGGAGUACCAGGCGAAGUAUCUGCGAGACAGCCACAAUGAGCGGCACACCUACAACUAUGAUGGAAAUGAGAAUCCUAAACAGUUCCUGUCUGCCUACACUCCUCAAGGAGCCUACAAGUUGAACGCUGUGGACCAGAAGUACUUGGAAUCUCUUCAGUUCCCUCUUGCUCAAGUUGAAGAAGGAGCGAAGCUCGUGGCACUGCUAGUGACUGUGAGGGACAGUGAAAUGCAAAACAUGAUUAUCGCCCACCAGGAGAAGACUUCGGCGCUUCGACAAGGCAGUGCAGAACCGGACAUGUGGCUUCUCUACGAGGUCGGUGCUCGAAUUGAUCAACAGCCAGACGGAUUGAUAUUGGUCUACGUGGAAAACCUUUUGUUGUAUGGACCUCUGUGGCUGGUGCGAGCAGUGUCGGCUGCCAUUCGGGCAGUCUGGAAGGCUUCGGAGCUUGAGCUGUUGGAUGCAGACCAUGUGAGAUUCGCACCAAAGGAGCUAGUGAUUUUUACGGCUCUGGAGGGUGAGAAUUCCGGGAACGAAGAGGAGAUAAAGCAGGCUCAAAAGAUUGCUCUGCGCAUUGACUUACAACGGCUCUACUGGCGAGGCGAGGAUUUUUCCGUCUACACCGACAGCUCGUUUGCACCGGAAGGAUCCAGAAGCCACUCUGGACUGGUGGCUGUGUGGCUUGGCGCUCCAGUGUGCUGGAAGGUCCUAUAG